GGACCCGCGACAGUCCCCACUCGGCUGGCGGCGGAGCUGCGGCUGCUGCUGCUGCGGGGAGCGGCCACCUCGGCCGCGCUGCGCCUCCCGCACUUCCCAAGUGGGGGCAGAGCGCUCCUGGCGGGAGACGCCAGUGGCCAGGCGCCGGGAACCAGGGACCCUCAAACUCCUCCUCGGCAGAUCCUCUCCUCCCCCUUCUGGCCCCUGCCCUCCGAGAAAGUGGAGACUGGCGCUUGGCUGGUGUUAUUUCUCGGGACUGCCUGGCGGUGGCCGGAUUCAGCCUCUUGCCCGGCCGGGCUCUCGGCUGUUCGCGCGUCUCUGGGUGGCGUUUCACUUCCCGCACACCUCCGUCGACGAUGAGGAAAGGUCUGCGGGCGACAGCGGCCCGCUGCGGACUGGGACUGGGAUACUUGCUGCAGAUGCUCGCGCUACCUGCCCUGGCCCUGCUCAGCGCCAGCGGCACCGGCUCGGCCGCUCAAGAUGAUGACUUUUUUCAUGAGCUCCCAGAAACCUUUCCAUCUGAUCCACCAGAGCCAUUGCCACACUUCCUUAUUGAGCCUGAAGAAGCUUAUAUUGUGAAAAACAAGCCUGUGAACCUGUAUUGUAAAGCCAGCCCUGCCACCCAGAUCUACUUCAAAUGCAACAGUGAGUGGGUUCAUCAGAAGGACCAUGUCGUAGACGAAAGAGUAGAUGAAACCUCUGGUCUCAUUGUUCGGGAAGUGAGCAUUGAGAUUUCACGCCAGCAAGUGGAGGAACUGUUUGGGCCUGAAGAUUAUUGGUGCCAGUGUGUGGCUUGGAGUUCAGCAGGCACCACGAAGAGCCGGAAGGCAUAUGUGCGCAUUGCCUAUCUACGGAAGACAUUUGAGCAGGAACCCCUGGGAAAGGAAGUGUCCCUGGAACAGGAAGUCUUACUCCAGUGUCGGCCACCUGAAGGGAUCCCAGUGGCUGAGGUGGAAUGGCUGAAAAAUGAAGACAUAAUUGAUCCUGUUGAAGAUCGUAAUUUUUACAUUACUAUUGAUCACAACCUCAUCAUAAAGCAGGCCCGUCUGUCAGAUACUGCGAAUUACACCUGUGUGGCCAAAAACAUUGUCGCCAAGAGGAAAAGUACCACCGCCACCAUCAUCGUAUAUGUAAAUGGUGGCUGGUCCACCUGGACAGAGUGGUCUGUGUGUAACAGCCGCUGUGGACGAGGGUAUCAGAAACGGACAAGAACCUGCACCAACCCAGCCCCACUCAAUGGUGGGGCCUUCUGUGAAGGGCAGAGUGCACAGAAAAUAGCAUGUACGACGUUAUGUCCAGUGGAUGGCAGGUGGACCUCGUGGAGUAAAUGGUCUACCUGUGGAACAGAAUGCACCCACUGGCGUAGGAGGGAGUGCACAGCACCAGCCCCCAAGAAUGGGGGCAAGGACUGUGAUGGCCUGGUGUUGCAAUCCAAGAACUGCACUGAUGGACUGUGCAUGCAGAGUUUCAUUUACCCUAUUUCAACUGAACAGAGAACUCAGAAUGAAUAUGGAUUUUCUUCUGCUCCCGAUUCAGAUGAUGUUGCGCUCUAUGCUGGCAUUGUGAUUGCAGUCAUAGUUUGCCUGGCCAUCUCCAUUGUGGUGGCUCUGUUUGUGUAUCGGAAGAACCACCGUGACUUUGAGUCUGAUAUCAUUGAUUCCUCAGCACUCAACGGGGGUUUUCAGCCUGUCAACAUCAAGGCGGCAAGACAAGAUCUAUUGGCAGUACCCCCGGACCUCACAUCGGCUGCAGCCAUGUACAGGGGACCCGUCUAUGCUCUACAUGACGUCUCAGACAAAAUACCCAUGACCAAUUCUCCAAUUCUGGACCCAUUGCCCAAUCUGAAAAUCAAAGUGUAUAACACUUCAGGCGCUGUCACUCCCCAGGAUGACCUCUCUGAGUUCACAACCAAGCUGUCCCCCCAGAUGACCCAGUCAUUGCUGGAGAGUGAGGCCCUCAACCUGAAAAAUCAGAGUCUUGCAAGACAGACUGACCCAUCUUGCACAGCAUUUGGCACCUUCAACUCCCUCGGAGGUCACCUCAUUGUUCCUAACUCAGGAGUAAGCUUGCUGAUUCCCGCUGGGGCUGUUCCCCAAGGGAGAGUCUACGAAAUGUAUGUGACUGUACACAGAAAAGAAAAUAUGAGGCCCCCUAUGGAAGACUCUCAGACUCUACUGACCCCUGUAGUGAGCUGUGGGCCUCCAGGAGCCCUGUUGACCCGCCCGGUCAUCCUCACUCUGCAUCACUGUGCGGACCCCAAUACUGAGGACUGGAAAAUCCAACUCAAGAACCAGGCAGCUCAGGGACAGUGGGAGGAUGUGGUGGUGGUCGGGGAAGAAAACUUCACGACCCCCUGCUACAUUCAGUUGGAUACGGAGGCCUGCCACAUCCUCACUGAGAAUCUCAGCACCUACACCUUGGUUGGUCAGGCCACCACCAAAGCCGCUGCAAAGCGCCUGAAACUGGCCAUCUUCGGGCCCCUCUGCUGCUCCUCCCUGGAGUACAGCAUCCGAGUCUACUGCCUUGAUGACACACAGGAUGCUCUGAAGGAAGUUCUACAACUUGAGCGGCAGAUGGGAGGCCAGCUCCUGGAAGAACCCAAGGCUCUUCAUUUCAAAGGCAGCAUCCACAACCUGCGCCUCUCGAUUCAUGACAUUGCCCAUUCCCUCUGGAAGAGUAAAUUGCUGGCGAAGUAUCAGGAAAUUCCAUUUUACCAUAUCUGGAGUGGCUCACAAAGAAACCUCCACUGCACCUUCACUCUGGAAAGACUCAGCCUCAGCACAGUGGAGCUGGUUUGCAAACUCUGUGUGCGGCAGGUGGAAGGGGAAGGGCAGAUCUUCCAGCUCAACUGCACCGUGUCAGAGGAACCUACUGGCAUUGAUCUGCCUUUACUGGACCCUGCAAGCACCAUCACCACUGUCGCAGGACCAAGUGCUUUUAGUAUCCCUCUUCCUAUCCGUCAGAAGCUUUGCAGCAGCCUGGAUGCCCCCCAGACAAGAGGCCAUGACUGGAGGAUGCUGGCCCACAAACUCAACCUGGAUAGGUACUUGAAUUACUUUGCCACCAAAUCGAGCCCAACUGGCGUAAUCCUGGAUCUUUGGGAAGCACAGAAUUUCCCAGAUGGAAACCUGAGCAUGCUGGCAGCUGUCUUAGAAGAAAUGGGAAGACACGAAACGGUAGUGUCCUUAGCAGAAGGGCAGUAUUGAUCACACCAGAACUGAAAGUGAAGGACAGAAAUACACAGGAAGUCUGUGUCCAGGGGAACCACAGCUGAGGAGGAAAUUCACAACGACCAAGGCGCUUCACAGGCAAGACGGCAGCAGGGAAGGUAGAGAACAGAGGCAGCUACCGACAUACAUGCCCACUUCAUUCGGACAGCACCACAGGAGUUAAGAAAUAUUGUGUAAAUUUGUACCUUGAAUUUAGAAAUUGAUCUAAUUUUCUCUUAGUUGGGCUGUAUGCUGUGUGGUACAGGAUCUUACAGUUUCCUAGGAAACGCUUUUUAUUGCUAUCCAGAUAUAUGGAUAAACUUUCUUAACAAACCCAAUUUCUACAAAUGUUGUUUACAUCAGAUUGGACAGGGAUGCAGACACUGUCCAUGGCUCGUUCUAUUUUUGUUCAGAUCAUUUGAAGUUGAAGCUGUGGACGGUUUGUUGUGUGUAGUUCAGAUUAGCAAUUUACAGAGAAAUCACAGACUUUUGGUACAAAUCGUAUCCAUCAAGCGUCUCAGAUAAUCCUCCAUCAGUGUUCUUUCUAAAACUUGUGGAACCAGUCUUAGUUAACAUUUGUAUCAGGGAAGUGGAGAAUCUAAAUGUAAAGGAGAAAUGACAAAGAUUCCUUAUGCCUUGGGGAACCUAUUUGGUGCCCUUUGGGAACAAAGCUGAGGCACUACAGGGAAGACAAGAGAUUCAUGUUCAACCACAAAAACAUUUCUUUACCACAUGUGUAUGCGUAUUAUGCAAUUUCAGGUGUUUUUAAAUGUAUUAUUAUUGGUGAGUAUUACAAAUAUUGUAGUAAAAGGAUUUUCUUUUGUUUUAGUUAGCAGUACUCUUAGUAUUUGAUAUCGACUACACCAGCCUCCCUUUCUCACAUAAAAAGGUGGGUGUGGUCACCAGUUUCGUUCCAUAGGCUUUGCUUCCUGACCACUGAUCUUUCUUCUACCAUUCUGUGGUGGAAAGGUGUGGAAUGCCCACACUGGCUGUCUGCUCCUUCCGCCUGCUCAGGCAGAGGCUUUCCUUUCUGGCUCUUAUCAUGACAAGAGUUCUAGAUGUAAAAUUUACUUAAUCUUGUAGCUGUCUAUGAAUGGGGCAGUGUGGUUGUGUGGAGUGGCUUCAGGAACUGAGAAUCGGGAAACCAGUUUUUAUUCCGCAGUUGGCCCCAUUGUCUGUGUGGACAGCACUGAAACUCGCUGGAGCUCAAGAUAAGAUCAUAUCAUUUCAAAGUUCCAAAAUGCUGAACUUCCAUUGUGAUGCUGCCUGUCUUAUUCAUCAGUCUGAAGAUGUUGAGAGACGCUGGCCUGGAUCAUCUGUCAGCUAGCCUUUUGCAUAGGCUAACAUUACACCUUUCAGAUGCUCUUGACUUGAAAGAGGACUACUCUAACAUGGAAGCAUUGGGCUUUGUCUUUGUAUUAUUCCUGCAUGAUGUUGUUCACUGAGAGAUGGCAUCCUCUUCCUAUCAUUCCCUUGUCCUCUUUCUGUGACCCUACCCUCUAAUCUUCCCUCUUAGUUUUAAAUUCUACUUUCCUCAUUUCUUGAUCUCUAGAUAGAUAGCAAACAACUUCUACCAAAGCCCAUGCAGCUGUAGGAAUUUGGUACAAUUUCUCUUUCCUCUUAAAUCUUUGCUUUAAUAAUAUUCAGUAGUAUUUACCAAGUUUAAUUAGCUUUUUGCAUUACAAAAUAUUAGUCAAUUGUGCCAACUAUGACGUUUUCUUGGGACCAUCAUAGGCUCUUUGUUUUGACAGAUGGAGAAUGAAAAGUUCAUGGUGACCCCAUAGACAAAAUUAGACAAAGUGAGAAACACCCAUCUCCUCAAACCAGAACCACUGUGUACUUUGGGGCUGGUGAUGUCCAGGUUACUGACUAGGCUUCAGUUAGAAAUCAUUUAAUCCAUGUUCUUCCAUCGUCCAACAUGGAUUUCUUGAUGUUCUACAACUCCUCUAUCUUGUUCCUUGAAAAACUGUGAUGCUUUGUUAUGGAGGCUUUUCCCUCAUGUUGUCUAUUCCUUAUCUUCUCUUGCAGGUAUAUAUUCUAUACUAUCUUACCUUGACCUCUCUAUACACAUUAGCAUUUCCGUAUUUAAAAAUAUUGGUCCUACUCAUUGUAAGGGGGAUACUACACUAUUAAACAAGUUCAGUGGAUGGUGUUCACACCAAUGAGUUUGUUCUAAAUUGUAAAACUUUAAAUAGACACCCUUAAAGUGCAAGAAGAGGAAAGAGUUAUUGUCUAUCGCUGCCUCUUGAAAUAAACAUGUCAAGAUUCCUCUUCAGUCCUGAGGUUUUGGAAUUAUCAAUAGAAAUCAAAACUUAAGAGAUCUGAACUGGAUAUUCAAAGAAACGUCUAUGCUUCAUGAAGAGUAGAGGAGAGAAAAUAUGUAAUGAUCAUGGUGAAGCAAUUCCAAAACUUUCAAUAAAAACAUUAUUAAAAGUCACCAACAAAGAAAUAUUGAGCAUAACCAGAGAAAUAGUAUUAAUGGUAUGGGUGCAUUUGGGUUCAAGCAUCUGAAGACGCUUGCUUUGUGGUUCAGUCUCUCACCACAGGAAAAGAAAGAAUGACUAAUUCCUUGUGAGGUACUCAUUUAUUCCCAAUCUAUUAUAUUUUCUGUCAUGUGACUGAUGGCUUCCAAACUAGAACACGCCUGCCCUUUGUCAAAUAAUUUUCACGAAGAAGUCUGCUUUCUUUCUCCUUUGGAGGAAAGUAAUAGCUGUUAGAUCACUCUCUUAGAAAGUUCACAUGCCACAGUUCAUUUCAGAGGGCGUAACAUCAUCAACCACCCUGUGUGCCAUGUCCUCCUUCUACACAGCAUGGGAGGAAACCCCAGGCUUCCCGGCAGUUGCAUAGGAAAACUUAACCGUUUGUGCAUGGCGCCACCUAGUGGCUACCACACGGUCACUCUGAGUUUAAUGUGUAGUUCACUAAAAAUUGUUGACCAAAUGAGCACCUGUAGAGUUUGAAAGGAUAUCUAUGACAAACACGUGGGAAAUUUUUCUCUUCAAGGAUGUAAUUUUCCUAUUCUCACUUUUACACAUUAUAUCUCCCAUCUCCAAGUUUCAUGAGUUCAGUACAUCAACUUGUUCAUAGACAUCUUAAGUUACUACUUUCUUGUAAUACACAUAUAUAAAAUCUGUACAAAGUUCCUUAAAAGUUGUCAUUUUAAAUUUAUGAAUUCCAUUGGGCUUUGCAUAUUUUAAAUCUUUUAGUUCCUCAAUAUUUACCUUUCGAAGCAUAAGCUGUAUCUGCUUAGAAAGAUCUGUCUCCUUACCCAACCCCCACAGGACACCCCAUUUUUUUUGUUUUCUUUUUAGAUUUUAAGACAUAUUCUUACUAUAUAGCCCAGGCUGGCCUCAAAGUCAUGAUACUCCUGCCACAGUCUUGAGUGCUGAGAUGAUAAAGCAUGCACCACACCUGCUAAAAUAAGGCUUCUAUUUGCACAUGAGAAUCCUCUGUCUACUGAAGGGAAAACUGUAGCUGUUGAUCAAGAAGGACCUUCAGAUCAAGAUAAUGUUCUUCUGAAAUCGGGAAUCUAAAAGCAGAGGUUUCGUGCUGUGCUCAUUCUCUUCUCACUACAUUAAUCCAGAUUUCCAUGUGAUCUGGAAGGAAUAAAGUUGGAUUCAGACUUCAUAGCUGGGUCUUUGAUGGUGACAAGCAUGUGUCACGGACCUUCUUCACCGGAGCAAUCCAAUCUCACCAAAGGAAGGACACUUUUGGCGGGCAAGGGGUCUCAAACCAAAUCGCAUCAUCAUCUGCCAUUUUCAUAUGUGCUGUCGUUUUCUAGAUUUUGAUCUCUCCGUUCUUUAGAGCAAAGUCAUGAUGACUACAUUUAGACUCUCUAGAAACUAGGCAUUCAGUGGUUUCAAAGACAUUUCUCCUAAAAGGAAGGUAGAUGGAAAGCAAACAUUUUGAAGAUACAAUCUAGAGAGAGCAGGCAAGCUCCUGUCUUCUAGUUCUCUGUGUGCCUCAGCUGGGGGCCUGGCAGGUAUGCUCCUGGGUCACUCACACCUCCACUGUCAAAGGAUGAAGGGAGCCUCUAAAGAUGAUGGCUCUUUUUCAGAAUCUAUAGUCCUUUCUUUCUAUAAGGUCUGCCCUCUGGGGCUAAUCAGUGGAAAACUAAAGAACUUGGAAAGUGUGUGAAGAAAAUAGGAAAAGUUUACUUGUUGAACUUUCAGUGUUCAAGACAAAUGUGAAUUUUAGCUUUUGCUGGGCAGUUUCUCUGGACAAGCAAUCCAUUUCAUACUGAGACUUCAGUGCAAGUCCAAGGCUAGUGGAAGAAAGGACUACAGAAACUCAGUGGGGAUUAGGCUUGAGCCAUCUCCUUUGAGAACAGAGAAGCUUUUGUGAAUCAGGUCAUCAUUGUUCAAACCAAUUGUUUGUAAAGAUGAUAAUGGCCAAUGAGCAUUUGGUUUUAUAGUUCCAAAAGGAAAGAUAUUUUUACUAUUAUCUCAAGGUAAUAAAACUGGUUUUGCCUUCCGAGUGCCUCAUGGGACCAACUAUUAUACUUCUUUAGUUUUGUAUUAUUUUUGUAUUUUUUAAAACAUACUGAGCUAAUGUUGACUGAAAUCCUUAGAACUUUUCUUCUGUGCAAUGAAAUACUGUUUCUCUGCCCUAAGAGAUCUUUUUGUAUCAUCUCUGGUUAUAGAGAUCACUUUGACAAUUCUCCUUGCAUCUCUAAUAAUUUAUUAGGGAAUAUGGGGAGGACAUAGAACCAAUACUAAGUUAAAUUCAUGUCCAUUUAAUCCAAAUAAGCCAGGUCAAGUCAUAAAUAUUUCCAGAAUGCAAGAAAAUUCUUUUUUUUUUAUAAUAGUGGAGACAGCUUGUAUGCACCUGAAUAUCUCUGCGGACUAACGUGCAGCUUCUGAUCCUUUAGUCCUAUUGGCCAUGCAGCUCCUUCAGAAAAAAGAGGAAAGGAAAGAAGAGGAGAGAGAGAGAGAGAGAGAGAGAGAGAGAGAGAGAGAGAGAGAACAGCCUACUGUAUUGAUCUUCAGAAAGUCCAGUGGGCAUGGCUGCUUCCUUUAUUGAUCUAUGGUGGGAUAUUAAUGGAGCUCAUUCAACCAAAGGUAUUUUUUGCCUCAGGCCUAUUUUAAUGUGGCUAGGAGGUAUCCGUGCUGACUGACAGGCACUCCACAAAUGUACUAGCACACAAAGCCAAACAGAUGUUAAGAGGUUACCUGCAAGUCUUCAGUAUGCUUAGAUGAUUGUCUGCUGAGGGGAUCUAGCCUGAGAACUUCUAGAAUCCUAAAUGGAAGUCCCUGUAGUAUAUCAGGAUAGUCAAGGCUCAGCCCACUAGUUCAGCAGAAAACAAGGCAGUGCCCUGAGCUACAAUCACCCGCCCACCAGCCAUGAUAUUUGCUAUAGUACACCAGCUUUUUAUCAUGUUAUUUCAGAACUGAGCUUCAGCAGCACUACAAAUUGCAGGCAAUGCUACUUUAGGAUCCAUUGCAAAUAAACCUAAAUCCUGCAUCAUGCAAAGGGCUACUGCCAUCGAGCCUGAAGACACUCAGCCAGGGUAGAGGAACUCUUCUUACAGAAGUGGGACUGUGAACUGUGGGCUGGUUGUACUGUUCAGCAGCCUAAGGGUUGAUGAGCUCUAGGCUUUUGAUCUUCACUCAGUGCUAUAAUGUGGCAACAUCAAAGCAUCAUGACCUGAGCUAUAUGGGAGAUGUUAAAACAGAUCUGUUUUAAAACAACAUAAAAAAGCAAGAAAUCGACAGCCAGUAGAAAAUGCCUUUGCUAUGUUUUAUUCUUAAAGUCAUUAAUGGCACCUGUAACUGUACAAAUGAACUCAGACGUGUUUUAUUCCAGUCCCUGAAAAAGAGAAAGGACCCAGUUGAACACAUAACGUCUGUUUUUUCCACUCUUUCCUAGACCUAUAGUACUGAUGCCCUCACUCUCCAGGCAAUGUGCUUAGCCAAGUUACAGGGAACAUCAUCAUGGUGUGUGUGCGUGUUGGAUGUCACAGUGGUGUGCGUAUUGAGUUUACCGUUGAGCUGCAGGCUGGUAACCUUCCUCUUCAUUUGUUUGAAAGAAGACAGCCAAUGUUUGUGAGAGAACAAUCCCCAGCAGUCUGGUGAAGGGGCUAGGUCACCCUCCUGUGUUCUUUGGAACAGCUCAGUUUCAGAAAUAUCAUGUUGUGGUUGUAUGCUUUGUCAUUUUUCUUUUUUAAGCAAAACAACACAACCUUGGCUUCUCAGAUAUGAAGCACUUCUUUCACUGUUGUGGAAUUCCCUCUUGCUGUAUCUUCUAUGCAAUUCCUUUUCUAAAAACCCCUGGUGGCAGAGGAGUGCACCCCAGCAUUCCACAUUGCCUUGCUGUGUGGUAGAGGUGAGGGAUACCAGCUCUGGGUGUGCCUCUUUUCUCUCCCUAACUGCCUCGCCUGAUUUUUCCUGCAGUCCCCUCGGUUUGUAAAUUGCCUGCAUUUAUUCUGUCAGCCAACAUGUACAAAAUGUAAGAAAGAAUUUUUAAACAGGUAAUAAAUUAUAUUUAUAAGCAACA